AUGGAGAAGGAGCGGAAUUCAUCAGGUGAUGCCAAUGUGGUGCCAUCAGCGGUACACAAAUUCACCGCAACAUCAUCAGGCCACCAGUCUGAUAGUCAAUUAACAACAACAAAUGUUAAGAGAAAACUCAAGCCUAACCUUGUGGAAAGGAACAAUGCUGCUAAGCGCGGAGCGAUGCGACAAGGCGUGCAGCAAAAAAAGCAACAUGAGAUGACGUCACAAAGCGAGUCGUCAGACGGUGACAUCGACUACGUUUCCGAAGGUGGAGAGGGGCACUAUAGGUCGCCUACAAAUAAAAAUAAAAAUAGGUUCUCAAGCCUAGCGCCGCCAGAGCAGCCUAAGGAAAGGGAGAUGAAGGUGACUGAAGCCCCCAACGACAACGAAGCCGAUGAGGUGGAGCUGGCACAAGUGCUGCAGGCAAAAAAGCAGCAAAUAGAUGCCUACGAGGACCAGCUAAAAAAGCUGAAGGAGGAGAUGGAGCCCCUUCUCAGUGCCCUAAGAAACAAAAUUGAAGCGCGCCGACAAAAAGAGGCAGCUGAGAAGGAGGACAAACAAGCACAACGGCUCCUACAACAACAACAGCAGCAACAGGCGAAGCAAAAAAAGCCUGAAACAAGACAGCAACAACAACCACAGCAGCAACAACCAAAGCCCGCUACCAAAAUCACUGGAGCGGAGCAAAAAAUAAAGACUUUACCAGCAGUGACAGGCCCAAUGCCUGAGGGCCCAUCUACCUCGAGUAAGGCCAAGCAGCAGCAACAACAAGAGCUACAACAAAUGGAGAAGGAGCGGAAUUCAUCAGGUGAUGCCAAUGUGGUGCCAUCAGCGGUACACAAAUUCACCGCAACAUCAUCAGGCCACCAGUCUGAUAGUCAAUUAACAACAACAAAUGUUAAGAGAAAACUCAAGCCUAACCUUGUGGAAAGGAACAAUGCUGCUAAGCGCGGAGCGAUGCGACAAGGCGUGCAGCAAAAAAAGCAACAUGAGAUGACGUCACAAAGCGAGUCGUCAGACGGUGACAUCGACUACGUUUCCGAAGGUGGAGAGGGGCACUAUAGGUCGCCUACAAAUAAAAAUAAAAAUAGGUUCUCAAGCCUAGCGCCGCCAGAGCAGCCUAAGGAAAGGGAGAUGAAGGUGACUGAAGCCCCCAACGACAACGAAGCCGAUGAGGUGGAGCUGGCACAAGUGCUGCAGGCAAAAAAGCAGCAAAUAGAUGCCUACGAGGACCAGCUAAAAAAGCUGAAGGAGGAGAUGGAGCCCCUUCUCAGUGCCCUAAGAAACAAAAUUGAAGCGCGCCGACAAAAAGAGGCAGCUGAGAAGGAGGACAAACAAGCACAACGGCUCCUACAACAACAACAGCAGCAACAGGCGAAGCAAAAAAAGCCUGAAACAAGACAGCAACAACAACCACAGCAGCAACAACCAAAGCCCGCUACCAAAAUCACUGGAGCGGAGCAAAAAAUAAAGACUUUACCAGCAGUGACAGGCCCAAUGCCUGAGGGCCCAUCUACCUCGAGUAAGGCCAAGCAGCAGCAACAACAAGAGCUACAAGCAAGGCAGCAGCAGCAGAAACAAAUUCUGGGAAAUAAUUUAAGUGUACUUAAAUUUUAA